AGAGUUCAGCUUCAUAAAGUUGAUGAAUAUCUUUGCAGGUGCAGCUGUUGGAAGACGACAGUGACUUUUACCGUCGGUACAAGUCAUCAUGGAGCUGCGUCGCUCUACUUGUGUUCUGCUGGUUCUCUGUUUGACGAGUGCAAAUGCCGGGAACAUAUUGGUGUGGUACACGGAGGCCAGCCACUGGAUUAACAUGAAGCCGGUGCUGGAGACUCUGAUCGACAGGGGACACCAGGUGACCGUCUUGGUUCCGAGUGUAUCCAUGUUCAUGAACAGCAGCGAACCAGCUCGCUUUCGCUACGAACCUUUCAACGUCUCUUUCUCCCAUAAGGCUAUGGAGGACUUUGUUGAAGAGUUUUUUCACUUCUCCAUGUAUGAAAUGGAUUACUUGAACUACUUUCAGCUUUACAUGAGAUUCAUGGAUAUUAUGAAAACUAACAUGCAGUAUUCCUUUAAGUAUUUGGAUGGUGUGGUUAAAUCAGAAACCAUAAUGAAGAAGCUGAAGGCAGGAAACUAUGACCUUCUCCUGUCUGACCCAGUCUUCCCCGGCAGUGACUUGGUUGCAGAUACUCUGGGGAUCCCGCUCGUCUUUUCCUUGCGUUUUUCCAUGGUUCAUAACUGGGAGAGGCUGUGUGGUCAGAUUCCCGCUCCACCUUCCUAUGUCCCCGGUGCCAUGAGCAAACUGACAGACAAGAUGGACUUCUCCGAGAGAUUGUGGAACUUUAUGUUCUAUGCUCUGCAGGAUACAGUAAUGGACUUCGUUGUGUGGAAUGAGGUGGAUAGAUAUUAUUCUGAAGUCAAAGGAGCCCCCACCAGCGCCUGUGAGUUGAUGGGUAAAGCAGAAAUCUGGUUAAUACGAACAUACUGGGAUUUUGAAUUCCCUCGUCCACUGCUUCCCAACUUCAAAUAUGUUGGAGGAAUCCACUGCAGGCCUGCUAAACCUUUACCGAAGGAUAUGGAAGAAUUUGUGCAGAGUUCUGGAGAGGCUGGAAUUGUGGUCUUCACUUUGGGAUCCUUGAUCAAGAACAUCACCACAGAGAAGGCAAACAUGAUUGCCUCAGCCCUCGCUCAGAUUCCACAGAAGGUAUUGUGGAGAUACAGUGGCAAAAAACCAGAAACUACUGGUCCCAACACCAGACUUUAUAACUGGAUCCCUCAGAAUGACCUGCUGGGUCAUCCUAAAACGAGAGCUUUCAUCACUCACGGUGGCACAAAUGGGAUUUAUGAAGCCAUCUACCACGGUGUUCCCAUGGUGGGGAUCCCCAUGUUUGGUGACCAGCCAGACAACAUGGUCCAUGUGAAAGCUAAAGGAGCUGCAGUUGCUAUGGAGCUGAACUUCAUGACUGUUGAGAGCCUUAGAGAUGCCAUCAUCACAGUCGUCAACGACAAAUCCUAUAAAGAAAAUGCUCUGCGGCUGUCCAGAAUCCACCACGACAGGCCCCUGAGUCCUCUGGAUGAGGCCGUGUUCUGGAUCGAGUUCACCAUGAGAAACAAAGGGGCCAAACACUUGCGUGUCCAGGCCCACGAGCUCACCUGGUACCAGUAUCACAGCCUGGAUGUCUUGAUGUUUCUGCUCUCAGUGGUUCUGAUCUUCUCAUUCAUCCUCGUCAAGACCUGCAGUCUCUGUUUCAGGAAGUGCUGUGGCAGAAAAAGCACAAAGAGAAAGGCUGAAUAGCAGAUUAAACUGAGAUGUUUAGAGUUCGUGAGCAGAAUACACACGUUAAGUAAAGUAACUUACAUUUAGGAACACCGACUGUUCCCCUCAGCGUGAUCGGUAACUCCAUAUAUGAACCUUCAGUCCUCCUGUGAGCAGUGCGCUUCAAGGCCCUGCUUGUGACCUUUUGUUACAUCUCUUGCCCAAUUCUCCCCCCCCUCCCUUUCUUGUCUCCACGCUGUCAAUAAAGAACACAAUAGCCAUAAAAACAAAAUACCUCCCAUUUAGAUUGGUGGACAUUUGUUUGUUUUUUUCAUCAUGUAAUUACAUCAACUACUGGCAGGUGAGUUCAUCUGUACAACUACACCUGAGAUCAAUUUAGCAUUAACAACUGAAGAGUUAUUGACUGGUAUGUGUCACACCGGGGUGAGGUCAAGCUGGGUUUUUGUUUUCUCUCUCCCCGUUCCGUUUCUCAUUUCCUGUUUUAUUUUGAAGGACAUAACCCUCCUCUCACUACAGGUCACUUGCCUUUCCUCGUGUGUCCUGGUCUCGUUAUCUCCCCCUGUUAUCCAUUACCCUAUGUUUAACAGUCUCCCUUUGUCCUGUGCCAGUAUCUCGUCAGUUUGUGUCCACUCCAGCCACAACCACAGUCGUCGUUCAUCCAAAUCAGAGAUUUUUGUUUCAUGAUAGUGUUGUGCCUCCACUUUUAAAGUGUUCUCUGUUGACACUGUCUUCCUUUCUGAUUCUUGUUUUCCUCCAUAGCUGAAGACAUUUUCUGUUAUUAACCUUUACUACUACUACUUGCAGUGGAGUGAGUUUUGUUUAUUUUGUAAAAUUUCAUAGCCACAUUUCUUCCCGUUUGGAAGAAGUGUGAAAGAAGUGAGUUUUUAUAGCCCGUUUUGGUUCUCUCUUCUUCUUGUAAAAAAAAAAAAAAAGUAUCACAGUAAAGAUUUUUUUUGUCACACCAA